AUGAAUGCUCUUCCUGCACCGCCUGCGCAUCUACGCCCACCCUUAUUAUUAUUUGGGUGGGGGGAAGGAAAUUCCGGCCAGCUUGGGAUCUCUGAGGACUUCACGGGCCAGCUCGACAAGCCGUGGCGUAACCGAUACGUCGAACAAUCCAUUGCAGCGGGUGUAUUUGGCGAACCAGGAGCGGGCCUGGAGGCUAUUGCAGCAGGCGGGCUGCAUACCCUGUUUGUGGAUGAGAAGGGCACCGUCUGGUCGUGCGGCGCAAAUGACAAUGCUGCAUUGGGUCGGGUGACUGUGAAUGUUCCCGACCCGAAGAAUGAUAAGGAACUUCUCGAAGUCGAUAAAAGGACCGGCCAGCCGACUACCGUACCUGUCCCCAUCCAAAGUCUCGUCGACGAAUCUUUCCGUGCCGUGAAAGUCGUCGCGGGGGACAGCGUGUCCGCUGCGAUCAGUGACACGGGCGAAUUACGCGUCUGGGGAACGUUCCGUGGUAACCAAGGACUCGUAGGCUUCUCGAGCGGCUCUCAGUUACAGUUCCGUCCCAUCCCGGUGCUGGACCUGCCCUCUGAAAAGGUCGUAGAUGCCGCUGUCGGAAAUAAUCACCUCAUGCUGCUCACCACGCGUGGCAACAUCUACACGCUAGGCACUGGCGAGGAGGGCCAGCUCGGUCGCCGCGUGAUCGAACGGCGCAAGCUCCACGGAACCGUCCCCGAGAAGAUUAUUUUGGGAAACCGAACCCGUAAAGCCGUCGUCAUCGGUGCAGGCAACAACCACUCUUUCGCGGUCGACACCGAAGGCACUACCUGGGGGUGGGGCGUGAACAGCAAGGGCCAAACCGGCACCGGCAUGCGCUCCCCGCAUAUUGACCUCGAGGUGCACACACCCAAGAAGGUUGUCGGUCUCACCAAGGCGGACCUCAACGGCGCGACGGUCGUCCAGAUCGCCGGCGGGGAUCUCCACACACUAUUCCUCACGUCGGAUGGUAAGGUGUAUGCAUGCGGCCUCUCCGGGGAAGGUCGCCUGGGGCUCGCGGACGACGACCCUGCAUUCCGGAAUCCUCCAUUCCCGGGUUUCUUGGCAGAGCCUGCGCUGGUGACUUUUCCCGAUGAUGACGACCCUGUGGUCCAGAUCUCGUGCGGGACGAACAACAACCUCGCUGUGACUCGAAACGGAGCGUUGUAUUCGUGGGGUCGACAAGUCGUCGGCGAGCUCGGGCUUGGGCACGACGAAGACGUAAAGACUCCUACCGUCGUCGUGCGGAGGGAAGGCGGGUCGUGGGCUGCAGUCGCCGGUUCUUGUGGCGGACAGCACGCCUUGGCAUUACUCAGAAGGAGGACAUGA